AGAAAGAAAAGCAGGGACUCUCUCAUAUGCCAGGGACCUGAUCCUAGGAUGAUGUCAUCAUCACUGUGAAUUACCCCUUCCUGAGGAGCACCUUUCUCCCUCAUUUCUUCUUCAAUAAUUAUUUCUUCAUCUUGAGCUCCUCCCUCCUCACUCUCUUGAAGUUUUCCCUCUGUAGAACAGGUGUAGCCUCCAUCCUCAAACCCCUAAGGCUGAGAUUACUUAUGCCACAUGCCUGGCCUGAAUCUCCUCUAAGUACUAAAUGCCUGCUUCUCUUCCCCUCCCCAACCCUGAGCCUGCUUCCUCUUCACCUCCAUGCUUUUCCUCCUCUGUGGGUGGGCUGGCUGCCUCGUGCUCCUCUCCUCUGCAUGCCCAUCUUCCUUGUCCCAAGUCUGGGAUUCGCUCUCUGGACCACAUUCUUCUCAGCUUAUGAUGGAUGCCGCAGCAGCUCAGAAACACGUUCUCCCCAGGCUUGUGAUCUCAGUUUAAGAAGCGGAGACUUUCCAAAACUUUAGGAUUUUUCAGUUUCUACUUUGACCUUGUUUCCACUAAGACUGAAGCAUAUAAGAUUCAGACCUACAGAGCAUGUGGCAUUCAGGAUGUUGAGGCAGGAGGAUUGCUUCAACUUGGAAGCCAGCAUGAGCUACAUAUUGAGAUCUAGCCCCCGCAACUAAACAAAAAAACUUGCCAGUACUUCCAACACAACUUAAAUAAUUCUGCAUUACACACAUUCAUUUGUGGUGGUAUGGAUAGAACCCGGGCUCCCAGGAAAGUGUUCUACCACUGAGCCACAUUCUGCCUCUUGGGUUUUUUUGAGACUAUCUCAAAGUGCAGGCUGGCCUUGAACUCACGGUUCUCCUGCUUCCAAUUUCUGAGUGCUGUGAUUAUAGAUGUACAACACCAGAUUGAGCUAGGAAGUCUGUUUUUUGUUUUCAAUAUCAUCUGGGGCAUGGUAGCACAUCAGUAAUCCCAGCACUUGGCAGGCAAAUUCAGGGGGAUCCCUGUGAGUUAGAGGCCAGCCUGGUCUACACAGUGGGUUCGAGGUCAGUCAUGGUUAGGGUUCUGGCUCAGGCACGGGCACUCACAUGUACAUACCCACACAAUGCAUAUCCAUGAUUUAAAGCUCUUCAGGGGCUGGAGAGAGGUGUGAUUCCCAGGAACCACAUGGCAGCUCACAACCAUCUUUAAUUCCACUUCCAGAGAAUCCAGUGCUUCACAAGCAAGCAAAUCACCCAUGCACAUAAAGCAUUUCUCAUGGGCUCAACAAUUAUUAAGAGCCAACUGUUAAUGAUGGGGCUGUUUCUUUUUGAGAUAGGGCUUUACUAUAUAGCCUUGGCUGUCCCGGAACUCACUAUGUAGACCAGGCUGGUCACGAACUUGGGAGAUCAGCUUGCCUCUGAGUGCUGGGAUUAAAAGUGUGUGCCACCAUGCCCGGCCUGUUUCUAAAUAACCUCAACUUAAAACUCUGAAUUUCCACAUCCCUCCUGCUCUCCUGAGACUUCUUUAUCUUUUACUGUCUUUCCUGCUACAUCCAUGAAUACACACAUAAAUGCCCACUACUGCCAAACAGCUGCUGGGGAGGAAGAGCAAAGUUUGGAUUCUCACCCGCCGCUCCAUCUCCAUGCACCGCGCUUGCACAGCUGUGUGCAGGUGUGCACAGCUGUCCUCGAUGCUCCUCCUGCAGGGGCUGUUCCGAGAAGGCAGAGUUUGGAUUUUGCCCCUGCCCCUUUUUUGACACAAUGUCUCACUCAGGUAGCCCAGGUUGACAUCAAAUCCCCCAUGAAACCAAGAAUGAUGUUGUUGACCUUCUCAUCUUCCUGAGUGUUCGGGAUGAAUGCUAACAGCUGUUUGGGAGGAAGAAUGCGACAGGCCUGCGACCCUGGAUAAGGAGUGGGUUAAGUGAUGACCAGGAGUUUGUAUUCGCCAGUGGGAUGAAGACCUUGGAGAGGCCCUGAUUGCCCUCUUCAUAGGGAAUGAGUAUCCUGCCGGGCUCUCGGAUGAAGCAGGAACUCAGCUGAGUCUAUAGUUCCAAAUUCAGGAAAAGUCAGGACCAAAGACUUAAGAAUGGAGCUGUGAAUACCAGUGUGGGCCUGUAAUCCUAACACUUGGGUGCUGAAGCAGGCAGUCAUUAGCUCAAGACUAUGAGGAGGUACAUAGCGUGGCCUGUCCUAAAAAACCCAAAAGACCAGUGAACAGGUCAGAGUGGGGCUGUGGCAUAGGAAGGCAUGAGCCAGGGGAUCUAGAAAACGGGACAGCCUAUACUGGUUCACUGGCCUCUUCUGGAAGCCUCCCCAGAUAAUACCAGUCUCCGAGAGCCCAAUCUAGAUUGCAGAGGCAACACCAUGGUCGUUUCUACCUGCAAAGAUGCUAUAUGCUGGGGAUCAGGAAACCCAAAACUGGAUCUGGGCAAGGGGACAGGAAUGAAGUGCUUGCCGGGAAGUGGUUCCAUCGUCUGUACCCAGUGGACAGAGGGCAAGGACGCACCGGGAGAGUCCUGAAUUCCAGAAAACCAGGGGCAGAAGCUUUGCCUGUCACCUCGGGGCAAGUCACUUAACUCACAAAACACCGGUACUCUCAAAGAGCUGCCAGCAAGUGUGUCUUGUUGUUGGGGUGCGUGCUUGUGUUUACUGGUGGCAAGUGCCGCAGAACUAGGAAUAAGCAGGCAGUGACAUUAUUGGGGCGACAUUAUUCAGGCAAUUUUUGGCCUCUGCUUGGCGAGCCAGGGCUGUUGAGGAGAGGUGUUCUGAAAAAUGACCCGAGAUGGUGGCUGAAAGUUAAGGCACCCAGGCCUAGGGAUUUGGGACCCACCAGCCAAAAUGGAGACUUCUAACAGCCUUCUGCAGAGGUGGGGAAGAGGGUACCCAGAGACGUGUAUGCUUCCGAAGCCUCAGAAACGCGGAGUUCGGGCAUCUGAGACGGCAAAAAAGCCAGCGAGAGUUGCCGGUAAGAAAUCCUUUUAGGAAUCAGUCCCCCCUCAAGAGAUGGCUCUCCCCACACCGGGCGGAGCUGAGCACCAGAUGUCGGGGCGUACACAGCUGGAGGAUCACGUGGUACGGCCUCAGCCCCCUUCCUGCCAACGCUGCAUUUGGCUCAAGCCCGGAUCAUGGCCGCCCUUGGGACCCUGAGCUGACAGUUAGAGGGCCCUACGUUCAGGGUCCGCGACUCCCCCUUUACCCUCCCACGGUCAAGAGCUGCAGCUGUGCGUCAGGACACGGGGCGGAGGUCGACAGAGUGGGUGAAGGAAGGAUAGAGGUCCCCGGGAGGGGCGGGGCUGGACAUGAGGAGGAGGCUGCGCCUUUGCCGGGAAGCGUGGCUCACGCUGCUGCUCAGCGCCGCCCUCGGCCUCCUGCUCUACGCGCAGCGCGACGGGGCAGCCCCCACGGCCAGAGCACCACCAGCGCGAGGCCAGCCCCCGCGGUCCACUUCUGGUCUCCGAGGACGCGGGCUCCCCCAAACCGCGGCCCCGCCGGCCUAUGAGGCCGACACCCCAGUGCCGCCCACACCUACGGGCCCCUUUGACUUCGGCAGGUAUCUGCGCGCCAAGGAUCAACGGCGCUUCCCCCUGCUCAUUAACCAACCGCGCAAAUGCCGCAGAGACCGCGCAUCGGGCGGCCCGCCGGAUCUGCUCAUCGCCGUCAAGUCUGUGGCCGCCGACUUCGAGCGGCGGGAGGCCGUACGUCAGACUUGGGGCGCCGAGGGGCGCGUGCAGGGGGCACUCGUGCGCCGAGUGUUCUUGCUGGGCGUGCCCAGGGGCAUCGACUCCGGCAGGGCGGGCACGCGGACGCACUGGCGCGCCCUGCUGGAGGCUGAGAGCCGUGCUUAUGCAGACAUCCUGCUCUGGGCUUUCGAAGACACCUUCUUCAACCUAACGCUCAAAGAGAUUCACUUUUUGGCUUGGGCCUCAGCUUUCUGUCCAGACGUACGCUUUGUUUUUAAGGGCGAUGCCGACGUGUUCGUCCACGUGAGGAACCUGCUGCAGUUCUUGGAGCCGCGGGAUCCGGCACAGGACCUUCUUGCAGGUGAUGUGAUUGUGCAGGCAAGGCCAAUUCGCUCAAGAGCCAGCAAGUAUUUCAUUCCCGAGGCUGUGUACGGACUGCCGGCUUACCCGGCCUAUGCGGGGGGUGGGGGCUUCGUUCUUUCCGGAGUCACGCUCCGCCGCCUAGCAGAGGCCUGCUCACAGGUUGAGCUCUUUCCCAUAGACGACGUUUUUCUGGGCAUGUGUUUGCAGCGCCUGCGGCUUACACCUGAGCCUCAUUCGGCGUUUCGCACCUUUGGCAUCCCCCAGCCUUCAGCUGCACCGCAUCUUCGCACCUUUGACCCCUGUUUCUACCGAGAACUGGUGGUGGUGCAUGGGCUGUCUGCAGCUGACAUCUGGCUUAUGUGGCGCUUGCUGCAUGGGCCUCAGGGGCCCGUCUGUGCACAUCCACAGCCUGUAGCAACAGGUCCGUUUCAAUGGAACGCUUAACUACCUAUCACAGCAUCAAGCCUCUCAUUCAGCUCCAUAAGAGGUCAUUAGAGAGCACCAAAGGGUUUCCCAGGUGGGUUAAUGGUGUGCAUGGCUUUCCUUCAGAUCACGGCGUAGAUCACUUAUGCAGUACGCACUCGCUGAGAUAGCCGGGCCAUGGUGGUGGACCUGUCUUGACCCGCAGACCUAACAUAAGCUGCUGGCACACUUUGCAAUACUAGUAUGCACUCGCUGAGAUAGCCAGGGCCAUGGUGGUGGACCUGUCUUGACCCGCAGACCUAACAGAAGCUGCUGGCACACUUAGUAAUACUAGUAGCCAACAGCAUUACCGUAUGUGCCAGUGGGUGCUUGGCUGGAUGGCUGAGGAUGAGAUAAACACAUAGUGGUAUCCCUAAGGCCUGGCCUCACAGCCCUCAUGGACAUGGCAGACACUUUAGUUAUUUGCUUCCUUCAUUCUCCACAUUAGAUUCCCAGUGGCAGUAUCUUAUCUGUCCCCUUUGAGGUCUGUUGUGUUGGAGCUAACCCUUUAGGUCCAGAUUUGCCGGUAACAUGAGGGAUGGGACCAUGAUGGUCUUGCCCACUAUAGGCACACACACACUACGUCAAUGUACUUAUGAAGCUGACCCAUCCCUUCCCAGGAGCCCCAAGAUUCCUCUACUAUAAUAUUUCCCAUAUUCCUCAACUUCAGCUUCAAGAAAACCAACAGUUCACAUUUUCGUACAAACCCCCCAGCAGCAGCACAUGGCAAGCUGUCACCGAGGGCAGAGGUGCUUUAUUGGAACGGGGAUGAGGAAGUUUCCUCUGUUCAUGAGGGUGGGAACAGUCCUGGCCUCCCUGACAGUGGGAUGUGCAGGGCUCUGGCCAGACCAAGGGCCAAACGGGAAGACACCUAUCAAUCAGAGUCAUGGAAGAGCCCCACAGGCCAGGCUGUAGGCCCAGGAACCAUACAGACAGCUGGGGCAGGAUCCCCUGCACAUUCAUCAUGAACUAUACAAGAUGAGGCUGUACAUGAGUUAAUUACAAAAGUCAUUAUUUACAAAAAUCUGUACACACAUUUGAAAAACUCACAAAAUUGUCAUCUAUGUAUCACAAGUUGCUAGACCAAAAUAUUAAAAAUGGGAUAAAAUUA